ACAGAGGGAGAUGAGAGCAGCAAAUCCCUUUUUUAUUCCCCUCGUAGCGCUCAAUAAGAGAAGAAUGUGUUGCCUAUCACUCACCGAGGGGAUCAAGUCUUCGGGACUGUCCCACGCGUUCAAUGCGCCGUGCAGAGCAUCACUGAGAGAGACAGAGUGAAGAGGACUUGCAGCAGCAGCAGCAGCAGCAGCAGCAGCAGCAGUAGCAUCCUGCCCUGGACACUUCACAUCAUUUAGCAACCUGUCUGCACUCCAGAUCCCUCUAAGUCAAUUAGGGCUCUCCUGCUUCUCUCACCUUUCACCUUUCACGUCCUGUGGCGCGACACGAUGAGGAGCCUGGCGCUGCUGUUAGGGGUGAAAGCCGCUUGCAUCCUGCUGGUGUCUUCGCUCUCGGGCACAGGGGCCGUCAACAACAGCGGCCGGUGGUGGGGUAUUGUCAAUGUUGCCUCCUCGUCCAACCUCCUCACCAACUCCAAGAACGUGCAGUUGGUCCUGGAUCCAAGCCUGGCCCUACUGAGUCGUCGCCAGCGCCGGCUGAUUCGGCAGAAUCCUGGCAUCUUGCAUGCCAUCGCUGCUGGGCUGCACACUGCCAUAAAGGAGUGCAAGUGGCAGUUCCGCAACCGCCGCUGGAACUGCCCGACCACCCACAGCCCAGCGAUUUUUGGCAAAAUCGUCAAUCGUGGUUGCCGAGAAACCGCAUUUAUAUUUGCCAUCACCAGCGCAGGGGUGACCCAUGCUGUGGCCCGCUCCUGCUCAGAAGGUGCCAUUGAGUCCUGCACAUGCGAUUAUCGCCGCAGAGGUCCUGGAGGGCCAGACUGGCACUGGGGGGGCUGCAGCGACAAUGUGGACUUUGGCCGGAUGUUCAGCCGUGAGUUUGUGGACGCCAGUGAGAGGGGCAGAGAUCUGCGCUACCUCACCAACCUACACAACAAUGAGGCUGGCAGAAUGACUGUGUCUUCAGAGAUGCGUCAGGAGUGUAAGUGCCACGGCAUGUCAGGCUCCUGCACCGUGCGCACCUGUUGGAUGCGUCUGCCCAGCUUCCGCACAGUUGGAGACUUCCUGAAAGACCGCUUUGAUGGUGCAUCCCGAGUCGUUUAUGCCAACAAGGGGAGCAAUCGUGCCUCUCACAGGGCUGAUCCCCGACACUUGGAGCCUGAAAACCCGGCUCACAAACCCCCAUCCGCCAUGGACCUGGUCUACUUUGAGAAAUCUCCAAACUUCUGCUCAUACAAUGGCAAAACGGGCACUUUGGGAACUUCUGGGAGAACAUGCAACAGCUCUUCUCCGGGCCUGGACGGAUGUGAGCUGCUGUGCUGUGGACGUGGGUUUAAGACCCGGACCGAGAGUGUGACUGAGCGUUGCCACUGCACCUUCCACUGGUGCUGUCAUGUCAGCUGCUUGAACUGCACCAGUACACGAACGUUACACCAGUGUCUAUGAUCGCAGGGGGACAACCGACUGAAUAUUUAGGCAUUCAUGAAAGGCAAAGAAGGACUUCUUAUCAAAACAGGUAGCUGGCUGAGAAAACCACUAGCACACAAGUGGCAUGAGAUGUUAGAUAAAAGCUACAAAAGCUUAAAGGCGGGUAAACUGAUCCAGGGAACUGCAGCACAAAAUUCAAUCAGUGUUUGUGAAAGAGUGAUAAAAGCACAAAUAUAUGAACAGGGUAUAGAGGGAGUCUAUGUGCUUGCUCCUGGCCUUUGAUGCUCAACAGUAAUACAAGGGUGUCUGUCACUACAGCCAUCCCUGUAGAAUGGAAAUAAUCCACAUCCCACAUCAAAUGUUUACGCUGUGGAUAAAUAGAAGCAAGGGGACAAAAUGAUGUGGUGGAGAAUCAAUUUCUGUAACCAGGUACUACGAGAGCCUUCGUCUCCCCCAGUGAGGGCAGAAACUGGACACAAUGCUUCACAGAUGUUUCUGUGGCCAGAGAGCCACAAACAUGUGCUCUCAUAAACUGGUGAAGACCUCUAACAGGAGGGAAGUUAUUUUAAAAAAAAAAAUCUGUGUUUUGUUUUCUUUUGCUGAAGUUUGGCUUCUCUCACAUGAAUGUGUGUGAAGUUUAUCUCCGGGGAUGGGCCGUCUCCUACCAACUUGUGUACUUAGACCCUGGAUGGAGCCCAACCACUUAUACUUUCCUCACCACAGUUGCCCCUUUAUUUAGAUUUCUCUGGAGUUGAAAACACCUCAACCCUGAUUUGGCACUCUGACUUACACCACAAGAUGCGCCUGAUGUACAUAACUGGGACUGGCACUCGCCAAGGAAAAUAGAAACUGACUUAACAAAUCAUACAGAGGCCAUGAAAAUUGAAUGUAUUAUCAAUACACUGAAACUUACAGCAUGAGAAGAUGUUGUUUGGCAAAUCUGAUAGGUCAAUGUUAUAAAAGAUAUAUAAAAUGUGACCUGCACAAUCUCUCAGAAUGAAAAAGUAUAGCCCUACUGAGAUGAACAUUGAAGUAUAUACAUUAAAUUAAACAAAACAAAAAAAUACACCAAAUUCCUGUUGAUACAUGUGUGUAGCAGGUUUUAAGUAGGCAAAUGGUGUAUUACUUCAAACUAGGCUGAGGUCAAAAUAAAUUUUAUUUUGAAGAAUGCAGCCUCUGCUGAAGAAAUCAUCCUGUAUAUCAGCUAAGAGAACCAAAAUGAUGUAAAUAUUAAAAUCUAUGAAUAUAUUUAUGAUGAUGUCAUUUGUAAGUUUGCUGAAUGAUUUAUGUACAUGUCAGCGGCUGGAGAAUAUACUAUCAUUACUGUCAUGUCAGGAGAAGUUUUGUUCUAAUGCCCUUUUUCUCU